GAAGGCAUCGAUUCGGCCGGAAAUCGUAUUGAAUCGCAAAUAUCUGCCGAGAAUAGUAUCGCACCAUUGCUUGCAUUCAAUCUACACUUCGAUGAUUCGGCCGAUAAUCUGAUCCUUAAAGCGCUAUCCAAAAGACGAAACGCCAGUCAAUUGACUGAGAAUUUGAUUUCGUACUUGAAUUGGGAGGAAGACAUCACUCAUGUCUGCUCCGGGAGUCGACAACAAGCGGACCGACAGUCUAGUGAAGCGAAACCUAAUUCCGCUCUUAAGUUGUUAAUAGAAAUGUUUGGAAACGCUAUCACUUCUAAACUCUUCUAUUAUAAUGAUGUUCGCGUUAUUAUUGAUAUAAUUAUACGUCAAUUAAAUAAUCUUCCGAUUGGAGACAAAAAGCGAAGGGUUCAGUCACUGUCUGCCGCCUCUUUCGAUGACCGGCGCUCUUCCGAAGAGACGGAGGACACGAUCCGAGAGAGAGUCGAAUCUAUGGUUACAUUUGAUCGCAAGAAUUCCCAAAUGGAUUACAAUGAAAGAAGUGAUUCACCCGAAAGUGAGAUGAAGUUAUUUAUGGGACUCUGUUUACCAAAGACACUGUUCCUUAUCUUCGAAGUGGAAAGCGAAACACAUAAGAAAACUAAUGUUUCGGUAAAGUAUGAGACAAUGAAAACUCCUAUGAAUGAGACGUUGAAUAUUCCGCCGCAAGUACUUAAUAGGCGGGAAAUUCUGCGGUUUGUGACCAAUUUGGGCGGCGCUGUGCACGCGAAACAGGCCGAACAGGGACUUCUCAAUUUGAAGCAGAAGUGUUCGCAAGCAUUUGAAGACAUUUGUCUUUAUUCCGAAGUGAGUCUUCAACUGUCGACUUAUAAUUUCCGAAUGUCUGCCAGACGUUUCCUACAAGAACUCUUCCUCGACGUCCAUUUCGAUCAGAUAUACACCGAAGCGGACGCUAUAGUGCGAGGACUGGCGACCCAGAUAUCGGAUGCCGGUGUGAAUGGUGUGAAUAAAGUAACUAACACUUCAAAGUCAGGAGAUAAUUAAGAUUCUGUGAUUCGACAACAAGUGCCACAAAAAAUGCAUUACAAAUACCAAAACAUUAAGAAUAUAAUCAUUACUAUUAUUAGAAGUCCUCUUCAGAACGUGUUAUCAUAUAUUUAGGAAGACUUAGUUUUUUGGUUUAAAAUUUAUUUUUCACUCAAAAAGUGAUGCAAACCUCUCUUCUCUCAUCAAUUGUACAGUAUUUUUAUUACUA